AUGUCAUCAAUAACUGAUUUAAAGAUCAACAGAUGUGACGUAGCACUAUCAAGAAAUGAUCCUAUUCAAAUUUCGGAUAAUUUACAAAUUACAAUCAAUUCAUUCAAUGAAUUACAUAUAAUUGAACCUAAAUUUCCAACAUAUCAUAACUCAAUAGUUCAAACUCAAACUACUAAAACUUUGAAGUCUAAAGAAAUUUUCAGUUUUGGGUCUCUUCUACAUACUGAAGCUAUUAAAAAUCUACCAGUGAAUAAAUUUCAGGAUGUGAUUUUCAAGGACGGUGAUGAACCUUUAAAUUUUAUUGUACAGGAUCCAAACGUUGUAGAAUAUCAAUGGAGUCCACUAUUAGAGAAUACAAGAGAUUGUUUGUGUGGAGUUUUGUUCAAUACAGGAGAAUUAUUAAUAAUGGGAAGAAAGCUUCAUGGUCAGUUAUAUAAUUAUGAAGUUAAAGUAAACGUCUUUGAUACUUUAAUUAAAUCAUAUGACGAUAUAAUUGAACAUGAAGGGAAAUAUUACGUUACAGCAGAAAGAUUUAAAAAUUUAAAAAUUAAAUAUUUUACAUUCAAUUUAGUUGAAGGGAAGCUUAAUUUAGCUAUAGUAGAUAUUACCAAUAAGAUCAUAAUAUUCAAUGAUCAAAUGAUUGUAUCAAAGGAAGUCGAAUUUCCUAAAAAUAUAGCUAAAAUAAAAUGGGAAAAAGAUGUGUUUUUGAUAAUUGGAUACGAUAACUCAUUUUCAGUUUUGAAUCUUGAUACAGGAUCCUUUGAUGAGAUAUAUCCAGCAAAUAGAUUUGUAAAUAAGAAGAAUGAAUUGGUGACUAUUAAUGGUAAAGUGUAUUUAAUCAGCACAUUUUUAUCAAAACUUGUUGUAUUUGACGGGGAUGAGAAAGUUGAGUAUGACACAGGGACUUGGUCUUAUAAUACUUCAAUUAUUCCAGCAAUUAAAGGAAAUGCAUUGAUAAUAUUACUAUCCUUCGAAGAUGGAACUUUCAAAACUUUUUAUUAUAAUAUCAACUCAAAAAAACUUUCUUUAGAAUCAAAUGAUAUUGCAUUUUAUUUAUUUUCAGAAAAGGCAAUUUCUUUUUCUCAAUCGAAUGAUGAAGGAUAUACAGAGACAACGGAAGGUACAGUAAUUUUAUAUGGAAUGACUGCUAUAACAAAUAAUGUAAUUGCCAUAAUUUAUAAAGUGAUACCUAAAAAUGGAAUUCAUUUGAGACCUCCAUCUACUGCAUACGUCAACGUUUCUUUUGUUAAAUUAUCUUCAUCAAUUGGUGAGAUUAAAAAUACAUCUAUUGCCAAUACUUCAAUAUCAAAAUUAACAGCUUAUUAUUUGGAUCAUUUUGAAAACAUACCAAUAAUAAUGGAUGAUUUUUCCGUAUUACAAGAACAAAAAUUGGAGUUCUUUUUAACGGAAUUUGGUGAAUUCGUCAAUAGAGUUAUAAAACCAAUUCCAAGAUUGAAUGAAGUCACAAUAGAUCCAGGUUCAAGUUUUGAUGAAAUAAUAAGUGAAAAUUUCAUCAAUCUCAAAGAAAUAAUUGAAUUACAGUUUUUUCAAACUUUUUGUUUACUACUACAAAGUGCUUUGAAAAAUUAUACAUCAGCCGACACAACAGCAAAAGUUUUAUAUCAUCAAAUUGAUGAAUAUAAAUCAGAUGUUGAAAAAACAAUUGCCAAUUAUCUCAAAGAUUUAAUACUACAAAUAUAUAAUGAAAAAUCAAUUACAGAUGAAAUAGAUAAAUAUUUAUUGAUAACAUUAGCUUAUCAAACACCAACUUCAGAAGCUUAUGAAUUACCUUCGAACGCCCAUUUUACAAUAAAAACAAAAAAUUUAGAAGAAACAUUUGAUAUUGGUCUUAUUCCAUCAAUUAAUCAAUCACAAUUACAAGAUAAAAUGAUAACAUCAAAAUCAAAUCAUGGAUGGAGUAUAUGUAAUUUAACCAAUUAUCCAUUAAUUAGAAUGAAUAAUAAAUUAGAUGAAUCUGAUCAAUUCCGUUAUAUUUCUUUAAAUACUGAAUUUAAACAUUUAAGUGAAAAUGAUGCAGUAAUAAUGAAAGAAGUUGUAAACUGUAUUGGUUUUUGUUAUAUUAGUGGAAAUAGAAUUUAUGAUAUUAAUUAA